CAGCCUCGACGUGCAGUGGCUCACUGAUGGGUUUGCUUCUGAAACCGUCCAUUGACGUUCAAAGGUUAUCACCGUUUGACUUCGUGUUUCCCACUUACCUGUAUAAUCUUCAGUGGUAUACAGUGGUAUAAACCGCAACGUUUGUUAUUGUUGUUGUGGUUAUUGACAUUAUUAUUAUUAUUUAUUAACUAUUAUUAAGUACCUAUUAACAUUUCGACAUGUCGUCGCGUUGAAUAAUAAUAAUAAUAUUUAACAAUAUCGUAAUACUGCGUUUUUCCUUUUCGCGUGAAAGUGUGAAACCGUAUUACUGUGAUCUCGUUCAGUGGGUGCCGUAUGCUCGUGUCGUCCCGUCGUCCGUUGUCCAGCAGUGCAUUCUCAGUCAGUCAGUCAGUCGGUCGUCGGUCGGUCAGUCGGUCGGUCGUCUUCUCGUCAUUAUUAUUAUUAACUUCAUAGAUGUGGUCGCGCACUGCACCACCUGUAGCCCAAACGACGGCCGUGGCAAUUAGUGCGGCGGCAGCAGCAGCAACUAUGACCUCCGUACCUUGGAGGUGUCGAACGUGCGUCGCGACCAGCUGAAACCCGACACCCGCUGCGGUACGAAAUUUUACGCGACCGCCGUGCGUGUGUGUAUUCCUCGAGCGAGUUCACGACGUCGGAUAAUAACGAGGAUAAUAAAGAUAUUGGUGUAUUUCAAUCGGCUGUAGCGGCGGCGUCCGUCGUCUCGCCCUCAGCAGUGCAGUGAUAUCGUCGCGCGUCCCUCUUUUCGUAGGUUUAGUCUGAACGUCGAAGCGAAAGUGGUGACGAAACACACGUACCUUCUGUGGUCUGUGACUGGAGAUCGGCUAGUGUAUAGUACCCUCCAUCAAUACAGCCUGCAGCCUGUCCACAAUCACCAUGGGCCUCUUGUUUUCAAAAAUAUGGAGUUACUUUGGCACCGAAGAGCACAAAAUCGUUAUAAUUGGCUUGGACAAUGCGGGCAAGACUACCAUAUUGUACCAGUUCUUAAUGAAUGAGGUUGUACAUACUUCACCGACUAUUGGCUCAAACGUUGAAGAAGUUGUAUGGAACAAUAUACAUUUUAUAAUGUGGGAUCUGGGUGGACAGCAAUCUCUCAGAGCCGCUUGGUCCACCUACUAUUGUAACACAGAGUUUGUAAUAGUCGUCAUUGACUCGACCGAUCGCAGUCGUCUGGAUUUGAGUCGUGAAGAACUGUACAAGGUAUUGAACAAUGAAGAACUUUCUUCAGCUGCUGUUCUUGUUUAUGCCAACAAACAAGACAUGAAAGGUGCAUUAACCGCUGCAGAGAUUAGCAAACAUUUAAACCUGACUUCCAUUAAAAAACAACAGUGGCAUAUUCAAGCUUGUUGUGCAUUAACUGGUGAAGGACUGUAUCAAGGUCUAGAAUGGAUAUGCAGUCAAUUGAAGAACAAAUAAACGCUUUUGUUGUUAUUAAUUUUUUAAUUUAAUUUUAAAUUUCCUUUUGUAGAUCAUUAAAUGUGUAUAAAAUAUAUUUAACAAAGUAAGAAUAAAUUAUGUAAUGUAUUAAAGAUGUAAAUAAUGUUCUAAAGUUAAAGUAAUUAAUAAUUAUUCUAUAUAAAAAUUUA